GACUUAUUACUGGCGACGAGGAUAGGACCAAAUCAAUAAAUAUGUACAUGGAACACUACGAUAUUUUAUGCUUUACUCCUCAAAUACUGGUGAACAGUCUUGAUGACAACCUGAUAGAAAGCCUCUCAGUAUUUUCUUUGUUGGUACUGGAUGAAUGCCAUAAUACAAGAGGAAACGAACCAUACGCCAUGCUUGUGAGAAAAUAUUUGAUUGAAAAACAUAAUGGGAAAAAGGAACUGCCACAGAUAGUUGGAUUGACGGCUUCAGUAGGUGUGGGGAAGUCUAGAACGAUUAAAGAAGCAGAAGAACAUAUUUUGAGGCUUUGUGCAUGUUUAGAUGUUUGCCACCUUUCUACAGUUAAGAAAAACGAAAAGGGUUACAAGAAGCACAUCAAAGAAUGUACAGAAGAGACAAUACGUUUGGAGAAACGGACGACAGACCCAGCCAGAGAUAUACUUCUAACUGCAAUGAAAGAAACUGAGGACAUGUUAGAAGAAAAUGGUCUCAUGCAGCCAGAUAUAAGUGACCUGAUUUCGGAGAAACAUCCAAAUGACAAGGAGUCCCAGCAAUAUAAUAAAUGGACCGUCGACAUUAUGAAGGCGGCACAGUUAAAGGUUGAUGAUUAUGGCAUGUCAAGGGAUAUAAGUUCCUGUGCAAAGUAUCUAAACAUAUACAACUCGGCCCUUGAAGUCAACAAACUGUUACGAAUAAAGGAUAUUAUUAGGUAUUUAGCCGAGAAACACAAGCAAGAAGGAGAACACAAAAGCAAAUUAACAGAUAUGGAAACACAACUGUACAAUAACCUCAUAGGCGUACAGAGAACAUUGAAAGCAGAGAUUAAAUGCACUGAAAAUCCGAAUGUGCAGAUAUUGAGCAGAACUCUUUCAACAAUGUUUGCUGAAAAAGGAGCUGAAUCAAGAGCAAUGAUUUUCGUGAAGACUAGAGCAACUUGCAGGUCUCUUGCGGCAUAUUUAGACGAGGAUCUUCAAAAGAAUGGAAUUAAAGUGAGUCCUCUUUACGGCAAGGAAGAUCGUGCAGGAGACGAAGGUAUGACGGAAAGUGUACAGACAUCUAUCCUUGAAAGAUUUCGGGAAGGUAUAUACAAAGUACUUGUUUGUACAUCAGUUGGCAACGAAGGUAUCGAUGUACCAGACUGCAACAUUGUUCUCAGCUACGAGUACUCUGGUGACGAAAUCAUGCAAAUACAAAUGAAAGGUCGAGCACGUCAGAUGGAGGCAACUGCAGUUACAAUGGGUAGUGAGAACAUUUUGGAACAAGAGAGGAUCAACGCUUAUAAAGCGUUAAUGAUGACUCGUGCACUGGAUGAAGUUUGCAAAUUGGACCCAAAGCUGAUAGCACAGAAAAUAGUACCGUUUCAAAAGGAAGAAAUACAAAAAACUCGGUUUAAAAAAGAAGCGAAAAACUAUAUCAAUAGCAAAAAAUCUUCUGAAGAUGCGUACGAAAUUCUGUGUGGGAGAUGUAAUACAUUUGUGUGCGACAUUUCUGAUGUUAGACAGAUGGGUAAUGACCGCAUUGUUACCGACAAAACAUUUGAGGAGGGAAUAAAUAAGAAAAAACAUAAAAAACCAAAAACAUACGACGGGAUAUUUAAAAAGUAUAAGAUGUAUUGCAAGAAAUGCCCACAAGAUUGGGGAAUAAUAGGAAUCAAAGACGGUUUAGAUUGUAUGACGCUGAAAAUGAAAAAGCUCAAAUUCAAGAAUCUGCGCACAGGACGUCUAAGCGAAUACGAGCCAUAUGACGUACAAAAAAUUGGUGUCGCCGAACUGUCAGAUAUACUCAAUGAAGGAAACGAUCAGAUAGAAACUCAGAGCCUGUCCUUAGGAAAGAGUACUGAACAGAAAAACAGAAAACAAAGUGACAUGGUAACAUCAGUAAGAACAGGUGAUUUCAGUACAAAAUAUGUCGGAACAAACGUGGACAAAACAGGUGCUACAGUUGGAGAAUCCACCUCCACGAAUGAAGACACGGUGAUGUCAUUGGAGCAGAUCGAGCGAAAUGUCUCUUGUAGUGUUGCGCAACAUGAUGGGAGUGCUAAAAUGCAGGAGAUUUCCAACACAGCAGAAAGCAAAGUUACAGAUGUUGGAACAAACGAUUAUAUGAACCCUACUCCGUCAUUUCUGACACGUGAGAGUAGCAUAGGAUACCCAUUGAAGAAAAGCCAAGACGAUACUUUAUCUGAAAGCAUGAUUAACAGCUUAUCAGAACAAAUGAAAUCAGUUGGAAUCUUGAUAACGAAACAACGGGAUGUGGGAACAGUCUUUAGAGUGGGAAGCAAGUAUCUGAUGACAGCACAUCAUGUUGUCAAAGGGUUGGUAAUGGACGACUCGGUAUACGUAACUUUCCACGAAUCCGCGCUUGAUCUGCAGAAGAAAGUAUAUCAUAUAGAGAAAGUCAUCUUUUCCAAUCAAGAUUUAGAUGUCGCUGUCUUAGAAUUAGCAAGUUUGGACAGUACCCUCCCUCCGAAAAUGCAGCUCAGCAAAGAUGACGUUGACAUAUUGAAUGUUAAGGAUGUCUCCUUCAUAGGAUACGGUCAUCCAGGGAAGUCUUACGUCAAACAUCUAGAUCCGAGAUGCAAACUGAUUUCUGCUCAAUCUCAUAGGUUUUUAGAAGCUCAUACAUGGCUUGGCCAAAACAUUAUAUAUAUAAAAAUGCUGUGAGUAAAAUGGGUCAAGAUCCGGAAAUAGUCAAUAAAGGUUAUGGUUGUUACGCUGACGAUCAUAAAAUUAUUUUUGAUUGUUUCAUGCAGCAAGGAGCCUCUGGAUCACCGGCUUUGACCUAUAACAAUUAUGGGCAGGUGAAAGUGGCUGGUAUCCUGACUCAUGGGUUGCCUGAAUUUUAUUUCCUUAUGCCAGAACUAACGCGACAUCUUGUGGAUAGUAACCAUAGAUUUGAAGUAGCUUCUAAAAUGAGUAGUAUCUACAGCAGUAUUUUAAACGAAAAUGAGGAUUUAGCAAACGAUUUAUUUGAAUAGACCAAUUAUACACUUGAAAUUUCAAACGUGCCCAAGUCCAGUAUUGACUAUCUUUUAAAUAUAAAUCCUGUUUCAUUGACAUCUGAAUGCAGGCGGUAAAAAGCAAUGAACCCGGAUUCGAGUCAAGGUGAACGACCGGCAAAUAGUUUUGGACAGAAAAAUAACAUGAGUCGAAUGCCUGUUCAAAUCAUUACCAAAACGAUAUAUCUUUUGGAAGAAUUUACAUAAUAGCAUAUUUUGAUCACAUUUUAAAGUAUGUGACAAAAGACUGGACAACCUUUUUUGAGUUAUUUUUACGAAUAUUGCUUGAAAGUAAAUAGAAAGGCAAUGGGUCGUGUUGUAGAACUUGAAAUUGGUGUUUUUUAACGUAAUGUAAAUUAUGUCUAGCAUUAUUUUAUCAGUGUAUUUGGUCUUUGUUGGGUUUAAUAUAUAACGAGAAACAGAUGCUUAUUGAUUCGUCCUCCCUGUUCUCAAAUUAUUUCUGAAGUGCAAGCAAGUGCUCCUUUUUCAAGUAAGUAUUAUGAUCAAAUUUUAGUAUUAAUUAGUUUCUAAUUUGAAAGCAUCUGUUCCUCGGAUUUAGCAUGUAAAUACUUGUUUCUUUGAACUUGGCGUUAAUUUUACAGAAGAAAAAAGUAUCUGAGUAAUGAAUUAACUAUUUAGAUCACAACUGGUUUUUGUUUCUGAGUCGUAACUCACAUCAACACAAUUUUGGGUCGUAUGGCAACUUUCCUGCUAGUGGGGCUGGCAGAAGACCCAGGUGCCGCCUGGAAAUUAUUCCCGGCAUGGGCGCGCACUUUUAUAGAACCACCGACCUUCCAUAGACCUUCACAUGAACGAAUCUUACAUUGCAGGCGAGGUAUUUAAAACCACAUC